AUGAUUUGUGGCCGACCCGUGCCCGUGCUGCUGCUGUUGCCACAGUUGCAGCCAUCCCGAUGGAAGCAUUUGAUGCCGGAACCCAGAUCGCACUUGCUGCAGCUUCGAAAGACCUUCUGCCAGAAGGCGGACAAGAACUGUGGCCCUCCCAAGCCGAAAGCGGACAAAAAGCCAUCGGGAUGCACAAGCUACAAGAAGGACCCCUGCGAUGAAUCUUCUGUGGCCCCGAAAAUGGAGAAGGAUUGCCAGGCGAAGCCAUCAAAUACGAGGCUCGACAGGAGGCGCAAGUAUUUGGCGGAGAUGGAGAAAAAGAAGGCGAAGAAAGAGCCGCCGAAGGAGCCGAAGCAUUGUGCCAAGCCGAAGGAGGAGAAGGCUUCGAAGGAGAGUGCCUGCGGCCAGGCGAAGCCUAAGGCUUCGAAGGAGAGUGCCUGCGGCCACACAGAGUAUAAGGCUUCGAAGAAGGACUCCUGCAGCAAGCCGGAACCGAAAGCUUCUAAGGAGAGUGCCUGCGGCAAGGCAGAACCUAAGGCUUCGAAGAAGGACUCCUGCGGCCAGGGGAAGGAGAACAAAUCUUCAAAGAAGGACCCCUGUGCCGUAUACCAAAACUUCUUGGACGAUGGCAAGGUGAAAAAGAGCAAACAAACUCAAGAACCAACCAGCGGGAAAUCGGUGGCCAACAAAUCUCCAGCGCCAACCUGUGAGACGGCGGCGGACAAAAUGGCGACGUUGCAACAACAAGAACAACCCGAGAGCCAGAUCGCCAAAGGGGCGCCGUCAGCCAACGAAAUAAGACAGCCAGUGGACUGGAAUGCCAUGGAAAGCCUCUUGAGCUGCAUGGUAACCGGCGUGAAGGUGGCCUGCGUCACCCACGAGAAGCGGAAAAUCUUCGAUAAAUUGGCGGCGGCACGCGACAGAAGGCUGGACCAUGAAGAAGCAGCACAAAACAUGAAAUGCGCAGCCGGUGCCGCCAAGAACAUGCCACCCGAUGCCGAUCCACGGGCUACGAAGUGUCCAGAAACUGAGGGAAAGGGAGAAGAUUCGCGGGACCAUGAAGAGUAG